CCUUGGCCUUUUAAUGUCUCACUCUAAACCCUACGACCUAGAACAUUCCGUCUCCCCAAUUAAAAACUCAGAGAACCCUAGAAUUCACACUCACCACCGAUUGAGAAAUGAUGAAGCGUCUUGUCCCAACGUUCAACCGCAUCCUGGUGCAGAGAGUCAUCCAGCCUGCUAAAACCGAGAGCGGCAUCCUCCUCCCAGAGAAAGCCUCCUCGCUGAACUCGGGCAAGGUGAUAGCAGUGGGACCUGGUUCAAGGGACAAAGAUGGGAAAUUGAUUCCGGUCUCUGUCAAGGAAGGCGACACCGUUCUUCUUCCAGAGUACGGUGGUACUCAGGUCAAGCUCGGCGAGAAAGAGUACCAUCUCUUCCGGGAUGAGGACGUCUUGGGAACCUUGCACGAGGAUUGAGAAUGCUCAACUCAAACACGAGCGUUCUUGUUUGGCGUUUGUCUUAUGGUUGAAAACAAGAGUCAUUUUUUAUCUUUUUAUAUGAUGCGGUUGGACUUUGUUGAUUAUAAUUGAAAUUUAGACAUCAAUCACAACUGAUGCAUCUUGUUAUUCCAAUCUUUUUGGUUUUUCCGUAAUCUGGUGAUCGAAUAAAAGCUCAUUUGAGGGGAUUGUUUCUUCUA